CCGGCCUGCCGGGCAUGAAGGGACACAGAGGCUUCAGCGGUCUGGAUGGUGCCAAGGGCGAGCCCGGUCCCGCUGGCCCCAAGGGCGAGCCUGGCAGCCCCGGUGAGAAUGGUGCUCCUGGGCAGAUGGGUCCUCGAGGGCUUCCCGGCGAGAGAGGCCGUCCCGGUCCCUCCGGCCCCGCUGGUGCUCGCGGUAACGACGGUGCUCCCGGUGCUGCUGGCCCUCCCGGUCCAACUGGUCCCGCCGGCCCCCCCGGCUUCCCCGGUGCUGCUGGUGCUAAGGGUGAAACCGGUCCUCAAGGUGCUCGUGGCAGCGAAGGUCCUCAGGGUGCCCGUGGUGAGCCCGGUCCCCCCGGCCCCGCUGGCGCUGCUGGUCCUGCUGGCAACCCCGGUGCUGAUGGUCAACCUGGUGCCAAGGGUGCAACCGGUGCCCCCGGCAUUGCUGGCGCUCCCGGCUUCCCCGGUGCCCGCGGUCCCUCCGGACCCCAGGGUCCCAGCGGUGCCCCCGGUCCCAAGGGUAACAGCGGCGAACCCGGUGCCCCAGGCAACAAGGGAGACACUGGUGCCAAAGGCGAACCCGGUCCUGCCGGCGUCCAGGGCCCCCCCGGCCCCGCUGGUGAGGAAGGCAAGAGAGGAGCCCGCGGUGAGCCCGGCCCCGCUGGGCUUCCCGGUCCUGCUGGCGAAAGAGGUGCUCCUGGCAGCCGCGGCUUCCCCGGCGCUGACGGCAUCGCUGGUCCCAAGGGUCCCCCCGGCGAGCGCGGCUCCCCCGGCCCCGUCGGCCCCAAGGGCUCUCCCGGUGAAGCUGGCCGCCCCGGUGAACCCGGUCUCCCCGGUGCCAAGGGUCUGACUGGGAGCCCUGGCAGCCCCGGUCCCGAUGGCAAGACUGGUCCCCCCGGCCCCGCUGGUCAAGACGGCCGCCCCGGCCCCCCAGGCCCCCCCGGAGCCAGAGGCCAAGCCGGCGUGAUGGGUUUCCCUGGUCCCAAAGGUGCUGCGGGUGAGCCUGGCAAACCCGGUGAGAGAGGUGCUCCCGGCCCCCCCGGCGCUGUUGGUGCUGCUGGCAAAGACGGCGAAGCUGGUGCCCAAGGUCCCCCCGGCCCUACUGGUCCCGCUGGAGAAAGAGGUGAACAAGGUCCUGCUGGUGCCCCCGGCUUCCAGGGUCUGCCAGGCCCCGCUGGCCCCCCCGGUGAGGCUGGCAAGCCCGGUGAGCAGGGUGUCCCCGGAGAUGCCGGUGCCCCCGGUCCUGCUGGUGCCAGGGGUGAGAGAGGUUUCCCUGGUGAACGCGGUGUCCAAGGCCCCCCUGGUCCCCAGGGUCCUCGUGGUGCUAAUGGUGCUCCCGGUAACGAUGGUGCUAAGGGUGAUGCUGGUGCUCCCGGUGCCCCCGGAAACCAAGGGCCCCCCGGUCUUCAGGGGAUGCCCGGAGAACGUGGUGCUGCCGGCCUGCCAGGCGCCAAGGGUGACAGAGGCGACCCCGGUCCCAAAGGUGCUGAUGGCGCUCCUGGCAAAGACGGUCUCCGAGGCUUGACUGGCCCCAUCGGCCCCCCCGGCCCCGCUGGUGCUCCUGGUGACAAGGGUGAAGCCGGUCCCCCCGGUCCUGCUGGUCCCACUGGUGCCCGUGGUGCUCCCGGUGACCGCGGCGAGCCCGGCCCCCCCGGUCCUGCUGGAUUUGCUGGCCCUCCCGGUGCCGACGGCCAGCCUGGUGCUAAAGGCGAAACUGGCGAUGCUGGAGCCAAGGGUGACGCCGGCCCCCCCGGCCCCGCUGGCCCCACUGGUGCUCCUGGCCCUGCCGGUGCUGUUGGUGCUCCCGGUCCCAAAGGUGCUCGCGGUAGCGCUGGACCCCCUGGUGCUACUGGUUUCCCUGGUGCUGCUGGAAGAGUUGGACCCCCCGGCCCCUCCGGUAACAUCGGCCUCCCCGGCCCCCCCGGCCCCAGCGGCAAGGAAGGUGGCAAAGGACCCCGUGGUGAGACCGGCCCCGCUGGCCGCCCCGGUGAGCCUGGACCUGCCGGCCCCCCCGGACCCCCCGGUGAAAAAGGCUCCCCCGGUGCGGACGGCCCCAGCGGCGCUCCUGGCACCCCCGGACCCCAAGGUAUCGCCGGCCAACGCGGUGUCGUCGGCCUCCCCGGACAGAGAGGCGAGAGAGGCUUCCCUGGGCUGCCCGGCCCCUCUGGCGAACCCGGCAAGCAAGGUCCCUCUGGUUCUCCUGGCGAGCGCGGUCCUCCCGGCCCCAUGGGCCCCCCCGGCCUGGCUGGCCCCCCUGGCGAAGCUGGACGUGAGGGUGCUCCCGGUGCUGAAGGUGCCCCCGGUCGCGAUGGUGCUGCUGGUCCCAAGGGUGACCGUGGUGAGACCGGCCCCGCUGGCCCCCCUGGUGCUCCCGGUGCCCCCGGCGCCCCCGGCCCCGUCGGUCCUGCUGGCAAGAACGGAGAUCGCGGUGAGACCGGCCCCGCUGGUCCCGCUGGCCCCCCUGGUCCCGCUGGUGCUCGUGGUCCUGCUGGUCCCCAAGGUCCCCGUGGUGACAAAGGUGAAACCGGCGAGCAGGGUGACAGAGGCAUGAAGGGUCACAGAGGCUUCUCCGGUCUGCAGGGCCCACCUGGUCCUCCUGGCGCUCCUGGUGAACAAGGUCCUUCUGGUGCUUCUGGUCCCGCUGGUCCACGAGGUCCUCCUGGCUCCGCUGGUGCCGCCGGCAAAGACGGUCUCAACGGGCUGCCCGGCCCCAUCGGUCCCCCCGGCCCCCGCGGUCGCACCGGCGACGUCGGCCCUGUUGGUCCCCCUGGCCCACCUGGCCCCCCCGGUCCUCCCGGUCCCCCCAGCGGCGGCUUCGACUUCAGCUUCCUGCCCCAGCCGCCCCAGGAGAAGGCCCACGACGGCGGGCGCUACUACCGAGCCGACGACGCCAACGUGAUGCGUGACCGCGACCUGGAGGUGGACACCACCCUCAAGAGCCUGAGCCAGCAGAUCGAGAACAUCCGCAGCCCCGAGGGCACCCGCAAGAACCCAGCCCGGACCUGCCGCGACCUCAAGAUGUGCCACGGAGACUGGAAGAGCGGUCAGUGUCCCGCGUCGCCCCGGGGUGCCCUCACCGCUCUCCUUCCUACCUGCUCCUCACCUCCGCCCUCCGUCUCUCAUGGCUGCUCUCACCUCCACCUCUCAUGGGUCAUCUUCACCUUCCUCACCUCCACCCCUCUGACCUGCUCCUCACCUCCAUCCCCUGCACCCUCUGCCUUCUCCUCUCCAUCCCCUGCACGCUCUACCUCCUCACCUCCCUCCCCUGCACCUUCUACCUCCUCACCUCCAUCCCUCCAUCCCUU